UUCUAUGGUUUCAGUCCUCCGGUGGCGAUUCUCGCGAGCGGAACCGGUCUAUCUAAGACGAAAAAAAAAUUGUGUUAAUAGUUAAUCUGGUUUUGAUAAACCGGAAACGGUGGUGAAUCGGUCGUGACCCAGUAGCACUUAUUCUAAGUCUAACCCCUCUAAGACAUGCUGAUUGGUUACUUGAGGUGAUUUCGGUAACUGCACAUUACAAUUCACCAUGACGGAAGAUUCGAAACAUGAAGAAGUUGCCAACGUCAAUGGCAAGGACGUGGAAGGAGCUGAACCCAAGAAACUAAAGUACCCUCGUUCUAUCCCGUUCAUCAUCAGUAAUGAAUUUUGCGAAAGGUUCAAUUACUAUGGAAUGCGGACAAUUUUGGUACUGUAUCUCACCCGGAAGCUGGACUACGACGAUGACACAGCCACGGUACUGUACCACUCGUUCACAACCCUGGUUUACUUCAUGUGCGUGAUCGGGGCCAUCAUAUCGGACAGCUGGUUGGGUAAGUUCAAAACGAUCCUGUACCUCUCGAUCGUGUACGUCUGCGGCAGCUCGCUGAUCGCGAUUGGCGCUAUUCCAACUUUGGACGUGGAUGCCCGAGCGAUGACCAUUGUCGGAUUGCUGCUGAUCGCCAUCGGUUCCGGUGGUAUCAAACCGUGUGUGGCGGCCUUCGGAGGAGAACAGUUCAAGAUGCCCGAACAGGCCAAGUACUUGGCGCUGUUCUUCUCGAUGUUCUAUUUUGCUGUGAACUCUGGAUCGUUCGUGUCAACCAUGAUUACGCCAAUUCUGCGCGAGGACGUUAAGUGUUUCGAUUCAGAUGAUUGUUUCUCGCUGGCAUUUGGGGUGCCCGGAAUCCUUAUGGUCGUGUCGAUCAUUAUUUUCCUGCUCGGAAAGCCGUUGUACAAGAUCACUGCUCCGGCUGGUAACAUGUUCAUGAAGGUGUCCAAAUGUAUCUGGACUGCAAUUCGUACUCGCUCAAAGGAAAAGACCGUCAACCCUCGUGAUCAUUGGUUGGAUUAUUCGGAGAAGCGCUGGGGUCAACAGCUGGUUGAUGAAACUAGGAUUCUAUUGAACGUGCUCCGACUCUACAUUCCUUUGCCAGUGUUCUGGGCUUUGUUCGAUCAACAAGGAUCCCGUUGGACUUUCCAGGCAACACGUAUGGAUGGCGAUCUCGGAUUUUGGACCAUUAAACCCGAUCAGAUGCAGGUCAUCAACCCGUUACUGAUUCUGAUCUUCAUCCCACUGUACGAAGUGGCGUUUUAUCCUUUACUGUCACUGAUUGGAAUCCGCCGACCACUGCAGAAGCUCACUCUUGGUGGAAUCUUUGCUGGUAUUGCAUUCGUCAUCUCCACAAUCGUGGAGAUCCAACUCGAGGACACCUAUGCUGUGAUACCCAGUGCGGGAGAGUCUCAGCUUCGAAUUUUCAAUGGAAUGGCCUGUGACUACACAGUUCAAACUGAUGUUCCAAAUCACGCAAACUUCGUGCUCAAGAGCAUGGAAAUGUUUGAGGAAAAAUACAUUUCCGUAAAUGGAGUCAAAUCAUUCACGUACACCUUUUCUUCGGAGACGGCUGGUUGUGCUGGCUUCAAUGGUCAAUUCCAACUGGAAGAAUACAAACAGAUCUCCUAUUUGGUACAGAACCGCGCUGGUACGCCAGGUCUCUUAUCCUACGAAGAUAACACCGAAAAGUCUUCCAAAGGAUACCCCCUAUUCCGAGUACUCGGAAAUACCGCUGAGGAUCGACCUUAUGCCUUCAAAGAUCUUGAGGCGGACCCACCAUACGACCGACACAGCAAUACCACUUACACUGAUGAUCUCGUCGAGUCCUAUCCUUCCUUGUAUGAAAUCAGCGUAGAUGGUAAGAAAGUGAUGGAAUACUACAUGCGACUAGGAGGUGUCUACGCUUUUAUAAUCUCGGAAACUGACAACGAAAUCAAAGCUGAAGUGCUUAUCGUGACCGAGCCGAACUCGAUCAGCAUGCUGUGGUUGAUUCCUCAGUACGUUGUCAUGACCCUGGGUGAAGUCAUGUACUCCAUUACCGGACUGGAAUUUUCGUUCACCCAAGCCCCGGAAAGUAUGAAGUCGGUACUGCAAGGCUGCUGGCAGCUGACGGUGGCCGUCGGUAACCUGAUCGUCGUCAUCGUGGCCGAGGCCAAGAUCUUCGAGGCACAGAAGUGGGAGUUUGUUUUGUUUGCAUGUUUGAUGUUUGUCGAUAUGGCUAUAUUCUCCGUACUGGCGUACUACUAUAAACCGAUCCCGAUCAAGAGCUACGAGGACGAGGAUGACGCCAACACGACGCUGCCCAUUGAGGACCGCAAGGAGGAACGAGGCCUGGAGAAUCCGACAUUCACGAAGAGUGAAUGAUGUGGAUGCUCGUGUAUGAGAUUGAGUUAAGACUGUUGUGCAGUCGCAGUUAUAUGUUAUAAGUUUCGCUAGCCAAAUAAAUUACAUUUUGUUGUACAAUAAUUGAAUACUAA